AUGGAUUACAGCGCCCUUGCAUUCAACGAGAUACUGGUCAGAUUGGAGGCCGACUCUGUUGCUGUGGUUACAAUUAACAGGGCCGCAGAGCGAAAUAGCUUCAGUCGAGGCUUGGUGAAUGAGCUCAUUCGCAUCUUCGAGCUCGUCGACAAGGACGAUAACAUUCGGGUAGUCAUCCUGACGGCAGACCCCACCGCUCCGGCCUUCUGUGCAGGCGCCGAUCUAUCAGACGGUUGGAAGGCACCUACUUUGCAUAAUAUUCAAUCUGCCACAGACCACCGGGAUUCCGGUGGCAGAGUUGCUAUGGCGAUCUACAAUUGCCGCAAAAUAACAAUUUCAGCAGUGAAUGGACAUGCUGCUGGAGCUGGCGUUACCGCUCUACAGCUUCCUUUUGAUUUCCGUUUCGUCUGGUCCGGAGCUAAGAUCACACUUCCUUUCGUCAGAAGAGGUGUUGUUCUAGAAAGCUUAGCUUCCCUUCUUCUUCCCCGCCUCAUAGGGCUCUCCCGUGCCAAGGCCUUGCUGCUCACUGGAGCCACGGUCCAGCCGGAUUCUCCCUAUAUGCAAGGACUCUAUCAUGACGUGUUACCCACCAGAGAAGAGGUUUUCCCCGCAAGCUUGAUUUUUGCCAAGGAACUAGCCGCCAAUACAUCCCAAGUGUCCAUCGCGUACACGAAAGGAUUGCUUCAUCAUCCGGGAAAGUCGAUCGAAGAAACUCAUCUGCUCGAGUCAAGGGCACUUGCAGAGACCUCAAAGAGUCGGGAUGCAGAGGAGCUUACUCGAGCUUUCUUUGAACGACGGCGUCCGAAUUUGACGGACACUGUAUCCAACAAUACGUCGGAGUGGUAUCCGUGGUGGACCGUUGUCGACGUCAAAUCUAGGCUCUGA